UGCUUAGUGUGAGCUGCCGAGAGUGGGAGAGCGAAAAGCCUUGUUUUGUAAUGCUGGGGUUGUCUGUUGUUCUUUGUGCGUGAAGAGGAUUGGUGAGGACUCGAGACAGUGGAUGUGGCUGGAGCCUCCGAUCAGAACUCAUCCUCUUUGCCAUAAAUGGGGCUGCUUGCGAAAGUUGCUGGAAACCCAGAGGCAUUUUAACAGGAUUUACAAACGGAUUUAUUUGCUGUAAAAACCAUCUCACCAUAAAAGGGGAGCGAGCAGAGAGGGAGAGGCAGCGUAGGGGGCGGUGAAAGCACAUCUGGAACUGAAUCACUGAAGGAACAGCCGCAGAAAAGAGAGACAGAGAGAAAAAUCAACCACCCCUAGAGUCACAGGCUCCUUGAAAACAAGGCAGGAAGUUUAAUUUGCAGCACGUCCCGGAGCAAGAGAUGGAGAUGCUUCGACGUUCCUCCGUCUUUGCUGCUGAAGUGAUGGAUGUUUUUGACCGCUUUCCCCCUGAGAAAGAGCUCAUUUCUCAAGCGAAAGCGCUGUGCCGAGAUUACAUCCAUUCCCGCCUGAUCCGAGCUGGUAUCGUCUGGAGUAAACCAGAGCCUGCAGUUUCUAGUCCAGCGAGCAAACUUACUGAGGUUUCAGCCGCACUUCUUCACUUAGGUGACGAGUUGGAGUACAUCAGACCAAAUGUCUACAGGAACAUUGCCAAACAGUUGAAUAUCUCAGUCAGUUCUGAAAGCAUCGUGUCUGAUGCAUUCCUGGCUGUUGCCACUGAGCUUUUCUCUGCAGGUAUAACCUGGGGGAAAGUUGUAGCUCUGUAUGCUGUAGCUGGAGGACUGGCCAUUGACUGUGUGAAACAGGGACAGCCUGCCAUGGUACACACAAUAGUCGAUUGCUUAGGAGAGUUUGUCCGGAAAACAUUGGUGACGUGGCUCAGGAGACGAGGCGGAUGGGCUGACAUAACAAAAUCCGUGGUUAACAAUGAUUCCAGCAUCCGGGAUCAUUGGCUUGUCUCCUUCCUCUGCACCUGUGGACACUUCCUCAAAGCAAUCUUCUUUUUCUUUCUGCGGGAGCGAUGAUUCUAGCUGGGACAAUAUGGCCACCAUUUGCUGUCCUUUUCAAAUGUAACACCUAAUUAAUAACACACCUGAAUUAGCAGUAGCAAUUGGAAAAAAAUUCUACACUUGGCAGAAUGGAACAUGAAUCCUUUCAGUCAUUGGCUGAACAGGGAACAUGUAAAUGAUAGUGGAAACUAUUACAUCAGAAUUCUACUGAAUUUUUAUCAAAGGUUUUGAUUUCUAACUGCGUAAAGUUUGAUCUCAGAGAUGGUAAUAGUUUAAAGCAGCAGUGCCAGCUGGUCUGCAAGUGAAACAUUUUGUUCUACAGGGGCGGCUACUUUGAAGAAUCCAAGAAUGAACAGCUGUGAAUGUAUGGUAUUAUUUCUUUUUAAGCCGUUGUUCUAAAACCUCCAUCUUUGAUUGUACAGACUAGCUGCACCAAACAGAAAUUCAAUUUGGUAAGAUGAAAUCCAAGAAAAUACUCAAUUAAAUUUUAAGGAUGAGGAACCUGGGUAUUUACAAACAGUUGGUUUUAUUUGGGAGGUGCUAAUAUCUAGUUAUCCCAGAUUCAGCUGCUCUGUUUUGGAUCUCGUUUAAUACUUUUGCAUAGCUUUGCGAAAGGAGGAAUUACUCUAGGUUUGUUACAAUGACUGUUUAAUCCAUUUAUAUAUAGAGACCUGUCCAGGCUAAUGACAAUGAUGGGGGUAAUUUUUCCAGCACCAACCUUUAGUGUUUUGUCUGUCUCAGUAAUUUCAUUGAAUGGGUUAAUGCAAUUCAAAAAUUAUGCUUUUAUUUCCUUCACUUCCCUUCAAGGAUAAAUACAAAUGUGACCUGGCCCAAUGGGCUCAUUGUUCCAUGUAAGCCAUAGCUCAGAAAUUAUAAUAUCACUGUGCCCAUUUUCAGGCACUAACCAGGUUUCUAAAUCUCCAAGAUGGCAACAGGAAGUUUGCAUUCAUUUCGGACUAUGUGCCAUGUUGAUGGAGAAUAGAGAACGGCAUCCAGAGCGGGUAUUAGUCCUUUUUUGGAUGCAAGCAGCAGGCCUAAUGCUUGAUGGAGGUGGACACUGCAACGUGGAUUGCUCUGAAACAGCUAAUGCAAUCAGAAAAAAAAAACAGGUCUACAUGCAGCUUAACCAUCGGUCCUUUAAAAAGAAUGUCUGCACCCCCCCCUCCCCACCCCCAGAAAGUUAGGCUCUUAAAAUACUUUCUUGUAUUUGAAGGUGGGUGAGACAAGAGUACUCCUCCAACUGCAAAUCUAUGGACAGUACCCAGUCUCUGCAACCCCAUUUAUAAACCCCCCACCCCUUCCAAACACUAUGCCUUCCCAUUUAAGGUCUUGCUAGGGUCACUGCCAGCAACAUAGACGUCUGCAAUUCCAAUUGUGCUUUGAACAAAUUGCCUGAGGUUGCCUGGCUGGUGUCUGUUGCUCACCAGUCUCAUUUAUCUGAAGCCACAGUAUCAGGUGCUUUUCAAAUAAAUAAUUGCUAAGACUUUCUCAAACUUUAACUCCUGUCACUCUGAAUUACCAGGGAGCCCCUUGUCCUCAGGAAUGCAUGGCUGACUUUACUAACUGAGAGAAGGUCAUCAGGUGAGCACAAGGUGAACAAGUUUGACCUAUGCCAAAAAUAAAGAUGGUCUAGAACAUAUAUGAAUACAGAAAUAACACUUCUGAAUAACAAUAUAACUGUUAUAGAUUGGGAUGUAUUUCAACUCUUUCAACUUUGUAUUCACAGUGCCUGUUCAAAGUCUGAAUUUUCCUGCCUCAUGGAAAGAGGUCUGAUAAUGUGGGAUCACUUCCCACUGUUAUGAUGUUGUUAUUUUCUUUCGGAGGUGAAGCUAGAAGCCUGAAUUGGGUGUCCAGUUACAGAGGGCAUUCUUCAAUAAGACAGUAAUGAGUUGACGAAAUAACAUCACUAGACACAGAAGAAAAAGUAAAAAUAAAUGAAAGAAUUUUAAGACAUUCCAAACCAUUACUACCUUUUUGCCACUAUUAUUUAAUUGAGUAAUUCUGUAUCUUUCCCUGAGAUGCUUCCAUUUUAGUAGUCUAACUUAUUCAAAAGAUGUUAGUGAAUUUGCAUUGGGAACUAUGUGAGGAAAAGAGCAGGUUAAUCGGAGGCACCAGACCAGAUGCAUGGCACCGUUCAGUUAACUACAUCUUAAAACAUAGCGAUGAUGUAGUGACCUCAGUCAGGUCAGGUCAGCAGCAGGAUUUGAUGCUGCUUCCCUAAGAUAAUAAUUAGUGAACUAUGCCUGUGCUGGAACCUGACCUACAACCUGCUCUCACUUUAGGUGGCUUUGCCAGUGAAAAUUUUCGCCACUAUGGAGUGUCACAUCAGUUAGGUCUUAAAAUGGUCAUUACACCUGAAAGACAAAAUGUGUAUUCUGUGACAACAACAAAAACAAAUUGCUGGAAAACUCAGUAGGUCUGGCAUUAUCUGUGGAGAAAAAGCAGAGUUAACAUUUCAGGUCCAGUGACCCUUCUUCAGAACUUGUAUUUUGUUAUUCUGUUAAUUCUAGAAGUCAAUAGGCCCUUACUGUUGUCACACAAUUGUGUUCACCUUUAAAGUAAUAGUCAAGUUUAUUUAGAAGUAGGAAUUUUACACCUGAAUAAUCAUAGCAAGUUGAUGGUACAAAUAGGCAAUAAAUGUUGACCUUGCCAGCAACUCUCCAUCAACAAAUUAAAAAAAAUUGAAGUUAAUAAAGAUAGAAUUAAUUCACAAGAGUUUAAGUUGUUUUAAUAACAUUUUCCACACACAGUCGGCUAAUCAACAAGGCUUUUGAUUCAUAGUCCUUUGAUUCAGGUUUCUUUCUACUCCCAACUAGUUCCAAGUGCAUCUGCUUGAAGUUAGGCCAGCGCUAAAGUGCUUAGUAACCAUGGUGAGGGAUUAGUGAGGUAGAAUAUUGAUAGUGUUAAUUUUUGGAUUAACUGGUGCAAAUCCAACUCAGAUAAACCUGUGAAACUGCAUGAAAAAAGCACAAAAGGAAUGUUACUUCAUGGCCAGAUACCUCAUAGUCUCAGAAAGGAUGAUAAAGAGGGAGAUUUGAACAUCAAUGUUUCGAAAGAUGAGAGUACAGACUUUCAGAGCCAGUUCGAUGGUUCAAGCAUUUGAAGUGCCAAUAAACAGAUAAUGUUGCACUUUGAGAGAGACCCCAGGUGUACUUGUAUACUCGUUAGACAGACAGCCAACAUUCUUCCAUCUUAAACUGGUUUCCUAACUCUCCUUUAAACCACAUACACCAUGUUGUAUAAUGGUGGAAUGCACCAAUAAUCUUAGAAAUUAUAAGUAGUUUGCAUAGGGUAUCACAAAUUGGCCAAGGAAUCAGUUUCUAAACCCUUGAUGAUUUAUUUACGUGUGAAUAUAUGCUAGCACCAAUGCAAUAAAGUACUGUAUUAUUUGG